AUGAAUGAGUUCCUGUUGUCGGAAGUCUGCACCCACCUGCGUGCGGCGCUGAAGCCGGUGUGGUCACAUACCCAGCAGGCUGUGCGCCGCUGCCAGAAUCCGGAGCGGCCCGACUGCAGGGUACAGAGGGCCACUGGUGGGGUACAAUCACUCACGCUGAGCCUCCCACUCUCUGGGAGCGAAAAUCAAAGCGUCGGAAAGUUGAUCAACGACAAGGCCACGGUGCCAGUAGCGCCAGAGAAGGACUGUGAGGUCUGCGGCGGCAAGUCGGUGAUCCAUAGCGAAGUGACGCGACUGGCCUCUGCUGGUGACGAGGAGCCAUCGAAACUUCUCGUUGUCCUCGGGCGCUGGAACGAGACUGGCGGCAAGAUACGCUCCCGCGUUACCGUUCCCGAGAAUCUGGUCGCCGUGGCCGGUUUGGGCCGACUGUACUAUGUCAAUUAUGUCGCGGUGCACGAAGGGGCCAGCGUCGGCUACAGUCACUAUUACUGCUACACGCGUGGCAGCCCAGCUGAGCAUGCUGAGAGAGAGCGCAACAAACCGCCAGAAGCUCCCUUGACAGAUGACGAGCGGGCUUUCAGGGAGACAGCCCGGGUGAAGGAGUAUCUGUUGCUGCGGGAAGAAAAGUACAACGAGACAGCGGCGUCGGCGUACAACACCUGGACGAAGAGAGAAGACGGUAGGAUGGAAUACGGCCUGCCGUUUACCCAGAUCCAGGCUCGUCCACUGUGUCUGCGGAUGUUGAACUUCCUCCAAAGUGGCCUUGGAGACCAGGUCAAGUGGCCCCCUGACCGCAAGCGCGCCCUGGACGCUCUCCUCCGGGUGCUCAAGGAUAUCCUCAACAACUUUCUUGGCGAGCUGGUAGACUUCGGCACUGACAACGACGCCAAUGACGUACGUCCGCCGCUCUCCUGGUACGCCUUCACGAGCUGGUUCGACUGCGAUGUCGCUUCUUCAUCCCUAUCGUCCGGUGACCCGCUUACCUGGCCGGAGCCGGAUUAUUUGCGCACGUGCAUCAUAUCCGAGCUCGUGCAUCUUCUGCCGGAACCCUCCAUGUACGAGAAGUACGACAGAGACGACGCAAAGAAUCUUUACUUGGAGCUCUUCGAACACGACAGCGUGGUCGAGGCCACGCGGCAGGCCGCAGAAGCUUGCAUCAAGUGGCAGACCGAGCAGCGCUACGAGCGAAACUGCGAGCGCUUCGCAGACAACGUCCAGCAGCAUCUAAAAGAAUUAAAGGCCGACAAGGCGAGCAGACUGGCGAAGCAGAAGGAGAAGGAGCGCGUGGCUGAGGAGAAGAGAAAGCAGGCAGAGCAAAAGGUACAGGUUCUCCGUCAAGAGGAUGCCGUUGGAGACCGCCGUGUUGCGCAGCAUGGUAUGUUGGGGGCCCCUCCAGCUCGAGACGAAGGGGUGACCCCUCACCAAAAGCGAACCGCGAGAGCCCUCGAGCUUCCGCCAGUCAUUGAAUAG